AUCGAAAAGCGCGAGUGGUGCACAUCUACAUCACGAACCCCAGAGGUACCAAGAGCUGAAGGACAAGACGAUAUGGAUUCAGCUGCGAAUCCAGCUGUGCAUGUUCGUUCAUCAACCGAGGGACGAACGUAUGAAGAGCUGGAAGAAGUAUGGGAUGGUUUGGUGCGGACAGUAUCCCGGAUGACCAGCAGAUCAAGAAGAGAGAGCAAUGCAGAAAAGUACGCACAGGCUGGUGAUGGCGACGAGCUCACGCCUCAACAGCAUACGCGAUCAGAACGAAGGGAAGACGGCGAAAGGGUUGAUGAGGAAACUGCGAGUCAAAUCGCACGAGACAACUUCCCGGAAGGUGGCAUGCGUGCAUGGCUUGUUGUAGUAGCUGCAUGGCUUCUGCUCUUUCCAUCAUUCGGCUUCAUGGUCUCCAUUGGCACACUGCAAGACUAUUGGGGCCAGCAUCAGCUUGCAGACUUGUCAGCCAGUACAAUUGGAUGGAUACCAUCAGUCUUCGUGUACCUAUCGCUCGCCUUGGGCCUCUUCGUUGGUCCGCUCUUCGACCGUUACGGACCUCGAUGGAUCGCACUGUGCGGUAGCGUUGCCGAGUUGAUCAUGAUCUUUCUGCUGGCCGAGUGCAAGACGUUCUGGCAGAUGAUGCUGUGCUGCGGAGUGCUUGGAGGCCUUUCAGGUGCCCUCUUGACCACCACCAGUUUGGCAGCGGUUGCACAUUGGUUUAAGGAGAGGCGAGGUCUGACACAGGGAAUUGCCAUGAUGGGAUCGAGCUGCGGUGGUCUGGUGAUCCCUCUAGUGUUGAGGACGACACUUCCAAAGUACGGCUACGCUUGGUCGAUGCGCAUCCUCGGCUUCGUGUUCUUGUUCUGCUUCAUCAUCGGCAACAUCCUCAUCAAGGCACGCCUACCUCCUUCAGCAGAGGCGAAAAAGAAGGCCAUUGUCUCGCUGUCGAUAUAUUCUGAUCUACGCCUGGGCCUGUUCACUGUCAGUGUUUUCGGCUUCGAAGUUGUGUUGUUCGGUGCUCUGGGUAUCUUACCUACCUACGCAACCUUGACUACGAGCUUCUCCGCUGAUACUGGCUUCUUCCUCAUUGCCAUCCUCAACGGUGUUUCUUGUCUUGGUCGCAUUCUUCCAGGUUAUGCCGCAGACAAGAUCGGUCGCUUCAACACCCUCGCCGUCAUGAUAGUCUUCACCCUGGUCUUCAUGCUCGUUCUCUGGCUUCCAUUCGGUUCAACUUCUCUUCCUGCUCUCUACGCCUUCUCUGCGCUCUUUGGAUUUGGGACAGGCAGCUGGAUGGCGCUGACACCGGCUUGUGUUGGGCAGCUCUGCAGAGCUGAGGAGUUUGGCAGGUACUAUGGGUCCAUGUACUUCGUCGCAAGUUUGGCCACACUGAUCUGUAUUCCUAUCAGUGGUGAACUGGUUCAGAAGGUUGGCCCACAGCCAAUGGUAGGGUUCUUCUGCGCCAUUCUUGCGCUGAGUCUGGUUUCUUUCGUGUUCAGUCGAUGGGCAUGCUUAGGGAGACAGUGGACCCUGAAGGUCAAAGUGUGAAAGUCUUUCGCUGUUUGUCCUUGCGUAAUUAGUACACACAUGAUGCAACG